AAUGCUGUCAGAUCGCGUUGCUCAGUGACGCUGCCCCGAGCUGAACUUACAGCCAGAUGCUAACAGUUACAGCAGCCACGGCAAAUAGCACCGCACUAGCUAGACACUGCUUACUCCAGAUUAAAUUUGUACUGAAAAGAAAAAAAAACCCAUCAUUUUAGGACACGAUUCGCGCCAGAACACAACUGCGUUAACGAUGUGUUAUUUUAACUGAGCGCCAAUUUAAAGUUAAGUAACUUAGUGAAGUGAGCUAGCUAACGUUAGCUAACUAGCCUCGCCAGAAAGUUCAGUGUUGCUGGAAAGUUCAGGGUUUAGUAACGUUCCCAUGUUGGGAAACGUUCACAGACGGUCGCAGUAAAUAUAAAAAAUGGAGUUUGUGAAGCUAGCAGGGGCGACCAUCACCUCCACCGGCACCUAACACACUUCAACAUCAGUAAGUUGGCUGAACCGAACCGGCUUCAAGACGGCAGCAGCAGCAGGGGAGAAGCUGGACCGGUCCGGCUCAGCAUCCAGCUCAAAGAUGGAGUUAGCAGCGGCUCACCCAGCUCUCAAAGCCUUUAUGUGUGGCUCUCUCAGUGGCACCUGCUCAACGCUGCUCUUCCAGCCUUUGGAUCUGAUCAAGACACGACUGCAGACUCUGCAACACAAUGCCAAGCCGGGUGCACCCAAGGUGGGGAUGUUCACCGUUUUCAUCAAUAUUAUCAGGACAGAGAAGUUCUUCAGUCUGUGGAAGGGAGUUUCACCAUCAUUUGUGCGUUGCAUCCCUGGGGUGGGUAUCUACUUCAGCACCUUCUACUCCCUGAAGCAGCACUUCUUCCUGGACCGGGCGCCCAACGCUGGUGAGGCUGUUCUGCUUGGAGCUGGUGCCAGAGCUGUGGCUGGAGUCUGCAUGCUACCUUUCACAGUCAUCAAGACACGUUUUGAGAGUGGCUGUUACAACUAUGUGAGUGUGGCCGGGGCUCUGAGGAGUGUGUAUGAAACAGAGGGAAUCAGGGCUCUGUUCUCAGGAUUGACUGCAACGCUGCUCCGAGACGCUCCGUUCUCCGGCAUCUAUGUCAUGUUUUAUAGCCAGGCCAAGAGAGCGCUGCCUCAAGAGGUGACUUCAGCAGCCUAUGCCCCGCUGGUGAACUUCAGCUGUGGAGUGGUGGCAGGUGUCAUGGCGUCGCUGGUCACGCAGCCUGCAGAUGUGGUGAAAACCCACAUUCAAGUCAGCCCAUCCCACUGGAGCACAUCAGACGCUGUCCGCUACAUCUACAUGGAGCACGGCAUGCGUGGGUUUUUUCGUGGGGCCGUGCCCAGGUCUCUUCGACGCACUCUGAUGGCUGCUAUGGCUUGGACUGUUUAUGAACAACUGAUGGCUCGAAUGGGCCUCAAAUCCUGAAGAACAAACCAUGUGGAGUUGCAAAAAAAUGAGAGGGAAUAUGAUGGGAUUAAGAUGUAUUUUUUCACUGAAAACUUCUUGGAAGAAGAAAGGGGUGCAGAGGAGCUUAUAGAGACAAUGAAGCAGCACUAUCAAGAGUUUGAACCGCGAAACCAGGUGGAUAAAUGUGUGGAAGAAGAGUGAGAAUGCUGUGUGUGAGUGCACACGUGGAUUUUCUUUGUUUUCGUUGUUUUUUAAAUGUGAAAUGUGAAAAUGUGUCUGUCGGUAAGUCAGAGAUUGUGAUGUUACACCUAACACACUGUUGUGCCAGUCUUGGACUGUGGUGACACUCCCUGCUGUGAGGUGAACUUUUUCCUCUUAAAUAUUUAUGUUCGGACAGAGCAAGGUAUCACUACCAGGGCCAGUCACUGCUCUGGGCUGCACAGUUGCCUUUGGCAGGCAAACAGGAUACAUCUGCUGAGAUAACCAAAAACAAAGCACUGCAGAGAUGGACAGAGGAGCUUGUGAAACUUGCAUAAGAUUGAGCAAUGUUUGUUACUCGCUGAUUGGUAUAAAUUGAAAAGCAGAGAAUUUAUAUUUGGUUCAGGCUCAGACAAUCACAAGCACUCAUACGGCUGUAUUACGGGAAGAGAAUCUGGGCUAACUCCAAUAAUCACAAUAAAGCCUUUGUUGCUGCGCUGCUCAAAACUAUGCUAAUUUACACUUUAUAUAAAACUGUGGUGCAUUUUGACUCAGCAUAGUGGAACCACGUGUGCUUUUUUUUCCAGAAACAAUGAUAGUUGCUUCUGAAGCAUAUUCAGACCUCUGAUGACAACUCAGAGAUCAGGAUUUUUUGGAUUUUGUUUUUAGAAUUCUGUAAUUUUUUCUUUUUAAAGGUUUGCCAUUUUGAGGUACCCUGUGGAGUUUUGGCCGCUGACAGCACUGCGAAUUAUUGGUUCUUAUAAAUGGGUCCCAGUUUAGUUUGUUUUGUGCACACAGGAGCAACAUAAUACAGAGUCACUUGGUGCCAGGUUCACACUUUUCUGCGAAUUAAUCAUUGGCAGCAUUUAAAGUCCCUCUGUGGUCAUUGAUUAAACUCCUAAAAACUCAUCUUUAUGCCAAAUUACACAUUUAGAGUUUUUUUUUUCAAUUCAAAUAAUUCCUUUGACAUAACUCUGCACCAUAAUUUCCUCCAGAAUGUGCAGAUCUAUAGUCUCUACUCACCUCUUCCCGUUUGCUGCAGCUGUAGCACACCAGCUCACUCACGACUCUGCUCAAACAGUGUGAAACUAUUUUAUGCUCAUAAUAUUGAAGUAUAUCAGCCAUACAUAUUUGAACUGGGGACUGAAUCGUAGUUGUGAAACCCUCGCCAUCUGAAAUCAUAUGUUUGUUACACUGCAGCUUUAAGGCAGAAAUGCUCAGCCAUUUCUUUGACUGCUUUUGUUUUGCUUACUUGUCUUCGAACAUAUAAAAUAUGGACAUAUUAGCAAGGUAUAAACCAACAACAAUAUAUGAUUUUUACUGGAGGGGGUCUUUAGAUUUGUCAGAAAUUCCAUAUUGCAUGAUUUAUAAGGAGGGUAUUGAUUUUGUGAGAAACACUGAAUGUAAACAUAACUUUUAUGUGUUCACAAGAAAACUCCAAAGGGCACCUUUGACAGCAGUACAGUUUGCUUUGUUUCCUAAGUUCAAAUAAGCACUUUCAUAAGUUGACUAUUUUUUUCCUUCAAGUUAAGUAAAUAUUUUGAUGACAGGGUGACACUGAAAUCCUUCAGAUAUUCCUUAUUUUGUUAUCACUUGUCACAAUACAGAAUUUCCAGAAUAACACACGUGCAAAUGAAGCAUUGCUUAAUCAUUGUGCUUACAAACGUACAGAGUCCAUAUCAGUGCUGGAGCUGUGGAUCUUGUCAUUUUGUCGCCUUUUUCUGGCUCUGUAAAUAAUGUACUUAUGACAGGAUUAUUGGCUGGUACAAAAAAAGGCCACGUUUUUCUGUUGUUUGUAGACUGUCUGUCUCCAUAGAUACUAUUUAUUAUUGUUGAUACAAAAAAGAGGUCAUAUAUUGAAAGUAAUUAAUAUGUGCGAGUGUUCGGAGAGAAAAUGCCAAAUGGAAGAUCUCAUUAGAGGAAGGAAGAGAUUGACCUGGAUCAAAAGGCAUCAGUGUGCACCCACCGAGUGUAAACUUGUUGAGAAAUGUUGGUAGUCUUGACAGAAAGGUCACUAAUGCACAGUGAAAAAAAGAAACAUUUGAGAUCAGAAUGCCAGUUUUACCGCAUAAGUGUUUUAUUCAGGCUUUGUUUAAGAUAAAAUGAUACAGAUUAACAUAAUAGCAGUUUAAUUAUGGUGAAGGUUACAGCACAUAGUGAGGCAUUACUGAGUGGAGGCAGAUGUAAGAUGUAUUCUUUUGUUUUUUGUUUUUUUUACAGGCCUGGUGAACGUUAGUGGAGUGUUGAUUUCUGAAAGCGUCAGUGUUUGCCGUGUAACACAAACUCUGUAUCUAACAACACCCUACAUGUGCCAUAAUUCACACCUCAAAGUUUUACCUCGUCAGUUAUCGUCACCAUCUUACCACUUCUGUCGUGACUGUACUGCAUAUGGUCUUUGUUAGUGUAGAUAUUUGGUCUGUGCAUGCGUUUGCUCAGACAGAUCCUGUGCCUGCCUGGUUUUUAAGGUCAAUAAAAUUUUCCUCUUUUUAGUUUUCAAAAGUCA